AUGGCAGCUGAGUGGAGCAGUGGCCCUGGUGUGGUGACCAGUGGCCCUGGUGUGGUGACCAGUGGCCCUGGCAUGGUGACAACCUCCUCGAUGCUCAUGCGCCGCCUGUCACCCCCUGCCCCGGGAUCGCGUCCCUGGUUCCUGUUCCAGAAGCACGUCCACACCUACCGCAUCCUGCCCGACGAGGAGGAUUUCCUGGCCGUGCAGACGUCGCAGGGGGUGCAGGUGCGGCGCUUCAAGACGCUGAGCGAGCUAAUCGCCCUGUACCUGCAGCCCAACCAGGGGCUGGUCUGCACCCUGCUCUUCCCUGUCGAGAGGGAGAAAGAGAAGGAGACCGUGGAGGACAGGGACUACUCGGAUGGAGAGGAUGAGAAGCCGCCGCUGCCACCACGCUCUGGCUCCACCAGCUUCUCCAGUACCUCGGCCGGGCUCAGCCCCACCAGCCUGGGACCAGCCGUGCCGGAGGGGCCGGCAGAGAGUGCCAACGGGCUCAGCAGCAUCUCCCACGAGUACCUGAAGGGCAGCUACACCCUGGACCUGGAGGCAGUGAAGGGGGGGGCCAACAGCCUCCCCCACCUCAACAAGACCCUUGUCACCUCCUGCAAACGGCUGCACAGUGAGGUGGACAAGGUGCUGGCAGGGCUGGAGAUCCUCUCCAAAGUGUUUGACCAGCAGAGCUCCCCCAUGGUUUCCAAGAUCCUGCAGCAGACAGCAGGGCAGAGCGGGGAGCAGGAGCUGGAGAGCCUGGUGCUGAAGCUGUCUGUGCUGAAAGAUUUCCUCUCCUCCAUCGAGAAGAAGGCACUGAAGGUCCUGCAGGAGAUGAGCUCGGCUGCCCCCACUGCCCCCCCCCAGCCCCUGUCCCGCAAGGCCAAGAGCAUCCCAGUGCAGACCUUCGAGGUGAAGCUGGACAUCACCCUGGGGGACCUGACCAAGAUUGGGAAGUCACAGAAGUACACACUGAGUGUGGACGUGGAGGGGGGGAAGCUGGUGGUGCUGAAGAAGCAGAAGGACUCCCAGGAGGACUGGAACACCUUCACCCACGACAAGAUCCGUCAGCUGAUCAAGUCACAGCGAGUGCAGAACAAACUGGGCAUCGUUUUUGAGAAGGAAAAGGAUAAAACACAACGGAAAGACUUUAAGCGUGAGGCUUUCUGCCAGCUCCUGCAGCUGAUGAAGAACAAGCAUUCCCACCAGGAUGAGCCUGACAUGAUCUCUAUCUUCAUUGGCACCUGGAAUAUGGGCAGCGUCCCCCCCCCUAAGAGCAUCACCUCAUGGUUCACCUCCAAGGGGUUGGGCAAGACCCUGGAUGAGGUGACGAUGGCCAUCCCCCAUGACAUCUACGUCUUCGGCACCCAGGAGAAUUCCCUGGGAGACAAGGAGUGGGUGGACUUCCUGCGCACUGUCCUCAAGGACUUCACGGAGGUCGAGUACCGCCCGGUGGCCAUGCAGUCCCUGUGGAACAUCAAGGUGGUGGUGCUGGUGAAGCCGGAGCACGAGAACCGCAUCAGCCACGUCAGCACCUCGAGCGUCAAGACAGGGAUCGCCAACACCCUGGGGAACAAGGGCGCUGUGGGCGUCUCCUUCAUGUUCAAUGGCACCUCCUUUGGCUUUGUCAACUGCCACCUCACCUCCGGCAAUGAGAAGACGGCACGGAGGAACCAGAACUACCUGGACAUCCUGCGCCUACUCUCGCUGGGGGACAAGCAGCUGAGCUCCUUUGACAUCUCCCUCCGCUUCACCCACCUCUUCUGGUUUGGGGACCUCAAUUACCGCCUGGACAUGGACAUCCAGGAGAUCCUCAACUACAUCAGCCGCAAGGAGCUGGAGCCGCUGCUGAAGGUGGAUCAGCUCAACCUGGAGAAGGAGAAGCACAAGGUGUUCCUGCGCUUUGGUGAGGAGGAGAUCACCUUCCCCCCCACCUACCGCUACGAGCGGGGCUCCCGGGACACCUAUGUCUGGCACAAGCAGAAACCCACAGGGGUGCGUACCAACGUGCCAUCCUGGUGCGACCGCAUCCUCUGGAAAUCCUACCCCGAGACUCACGUCAACUGCAAUGCUUAUGGAUGCACGGAUGACAUCGUCACCAGUGACCACUCACCCGUCUUCGGCUCCUUCGAGGUGGGAGUGACAUCCCAGUUCGUCUCCAAAAAAGGGCUCUCCAAGUCCUCGGAGCAGGCGUACAUCGAGUUUGAGAGCAUCGAGGCCAUCGUGAAGACAUCCAGUCGCACCAAGUUCUUCAUCGAGUUCUAUUCUACCUGCCUGGAAGAGUUCAAGAAGAGCUUCGAGAAUGACAGUCAGAGCAGCGACAACAUCAACUUCCUCAAAGUGCAGUGGUCCUCCCGGCAGCUGCCGACGCUGAAGCCCAUCCUCUCUGAGAUUGAGUACCUGCAGGACCAGCACCUCCUGCUCACUGUCAAAUCCCUCGAUGGCUAUGAGUCCUACGGGGAGUGUGUCAUUGCCCUGAAGUCGAUGAUUGGCAGCACAGCACAGCAGUUCCUCACCUACCUGUCCCACCGUGGCGAGGAGACCGGCAACAUCCGUGGCUCCAUGAAGGUCCGGGUGCCCACUGAGCGCCUGGGCACCCGUGAGAGGCUCUAUGAGUGGAUCAGCAUUGAUAAGGACGAGACGACAACCGGCAAAGGGAAGGUGCCUCUGAGUGCCAGGGCCACCCAGGACUAUGCCAAGUCUGUGGGGCGGAAGCCCACCAGUGCCGAGCCCCCCACUGCCAACCCAGCGAAGCUUCUGGAGGAGCCCGAGAAGGGCAGGGGCUGGUGGGCAAUGCCACCCCCAUCCCCUCCCUCCCCUCACUCCGGCUGA